UCCUCCAUCUGCUCUUCCUCUCUCACCGCUCCGUGCACAGCCGCAGUGCACGGUGAUGCGCCGUUAACGGCAGAGCCGCUCCGCGCUCCUCCUCAUCUUCCUCCUCCUCUCCCAGGAUCAGCAUCCGUCCUCCGGGCGCUGCUGCACCUUCAUCGGUGACAUGGAAACAAAAACCUGCCGCGCUCCCAUUUAGACGACCAGUCUCACCUCACAGUCAAGACAGGGGGCAUUAUGAGUGAGGAGUCACCAGUUACUCCCAACUGGCUGACCCCUGACCCCACAGCAUGGGCCAGCGGAGGGGGGGUGAUGGACAACAGCACCAGCCUGGGGACGUUUCCGCCACAGUACAACCUCCCGCCAAACCAGCUGCCACUGUUGGUCAACCCCUGGGACAUCGUGCUCUGCUCCUCUGGGACGCUCAUCGCCUGUGAGAACGCCCUGGUGGUUCUAGUGAUCUGGCAGAACCCAGCACUCAGAGCUCCCAUGUUCCUGCUGAUUGGCAGCCUGGCGUUGGCUGACCUUCUAGCCGGCCUGGGGCUGGUGCUUCACUUCACCUGUGCCUACUUGCUUCGCUCUGACGCAGCCCAGCUGCUUACCGUGGGCCUGGUGGUGGCCUCCUUCUCGGCCUCCGUCUUCAGCCUGCUGGCCAUCACCAUCGACCGCUACCUGUCGCUCUACUACGCCCUCACUUACCACUCUGAGCGGACUGCCGCCUUCACGUAUACCAUGUUGGUGCUCCUGUGGGGCCUUUCCCUGUGUCUGGGCUUGCUGCCUGUCACAGGGGUUAACUGCCUGGCAGAGGAGGUGACGUGCAGCGUGGUACGGCCGCUGACAAAGAACAACAUCGCCGUGCUGUCCGUCUCCUUCCUGCUCCUCUUCGGCCUCAUGUUGCAACUCUACGUCCAGAUUUGCAAGAUCGUCAUGCGUCAUGCUCACCAGAUCGCCCUCCAGCACCACUUCCUCGCUGCCACACCCCACUACGUCACAACGAGAAAAGGCGUGUCCACACUGGCCAUCAUCCUGGGCACAUUUGCUGCCUGCUGGAUGCCGUUCACCGUCUACUCUCUUAUCGCCGACUACACUUACCCCCCUCUGUACACCUACGCCACGCUGGUGCCCGCCACCUACAACUCCGUCAUCAAUCCGGUCAUAUACGCCUUCAGGAAUCAGGAGAUCCAGAAGGCGCUGUGGCUGGUGUGCUGUGGCUGUGUGCCUGCCAGUGUGGCACAGCGGGCUCGGACACCCAGUGAUGUCUGAAGAAGCAGACCCAUGUGGGAAGGAAGAGGUGUCCUGGAUCAGCUCCACUCCUUGCCGGAUCUGUCUGGUGGAAAGAGGAGUAGUGAUAGAGGGGCUUCGGUUGUGACUGAUGUUCCUGGCAGAUGCUGUUGGGUUUUUAACUGUAGCCCACCCGGUCCUGUACCUGUACUUGUGACACCCACCACAGGGCAAGGUGCCCGUAUCAACUGUCUUCCCCAGGAAAUGCACCAUCCAGCCACUCCUGUUCAAUCUCUGCCACGCCCUUCGUCUGCUAACGUAGCAUUACAUCAUAGUUAGCAGCUGUGCAGCUCAUCGAGUUAAAUGGCACUGAAAAUAUGCCUGUGUUGAGGGAUUACUAGUUUGCAUCAGCACACAGCAGAUUUAACAAAUCUGAGAGGCGAGGAGGGGUGGGCAGCCUCAGCUCAACAUGCAGGCUUUUCCACAGUAAAGCCUGUCUGGAGGAGCAUCCCGCCGCUCUGCUACUGCACUCUUGAACAUGCACCGAAAGCCAAACAGGCACAGAGAGCUAAAAAUAGACCCCGGAGCUCUCUGAUCCCAGACCUGCGUCCUCCACAGCCGCCAAGAAAGAAAUCAAGCUGCCUGCUCUCCUCCCGUGUCCCAUCUUUUGUGUACUUCUCACUCUGUGGAUUGUGUGUGAAUGUGUUUGGUCCAUCUGCCAGCAAAACCCCUGGAGAACCCCCCAAACCC